GUGCUAUGUUGACCUUCGCAACCCCGCUGUCCAUGAGCGUCUUUGCGCGUGAUGCGGCUGCGAAAUGUGGGAGUGGUCCUCUCGAUAGGGAGUAUGAGUAUAGGUAUAUAAACUCUUUGCUGGAGGCGAAAACAAAUGAUCUUCUGAGAAAUGCGGACGAAAUACUAGUAGCACAGGAAGAAAAGGGUAUUGAUGAAUGCUCUUAUAUUGAGCCGAAUCACAGUUCUAAAUGCCACAGUCCUAUCACAGAAAAGACUAACCUCCAGGAAAGGAACUCUGAACAUAACUAUGACGUAACCGGAAUAAGCUCUCCUGUGAACGAUUACAAUCAUGACCACGAGUCCUAUUCAAACAAGGAUGAAAUAAGCGAACUUAAUGUUCUUCCAGAGCCUGCUGAAGGUCUAAGCUUGAAAGCUCAAAAUCGGUACCUGAAAGCAAAAGUUCGUGUACUUUUAGAAGAAAAUCAAAAGCUCAAUUCACAGAUGACUCAUCAGAAUGAUGAAAUUGUUCGAAUGAAAAAUCGUAUUCAAGAAUUAGAAGAGGAACGUAAUCGAUUACAUCGAGUUACAUCUGCACAUUCAACUCAGUUAGAAAAAAUGAAAAAAAGUUUAGGAGAAACACGCAUUCACUGUAAUGAACUAGAAACAGAGAAGACGAAUUAUAAAAAGGAUUAUGAUUCAAUUAAACGUAGUUCUGAUCAGCAAGCUGUUGAGAUCAAAUCUUUAACUACACGUCUUAACCGUGCGAUUGAAGAAUCUGAUCGUUAUAAAGCUGAUUUAGACAAGGUUCGUUCAUCUACACGUGAGAGUGUCGAAUCUAUGCGUCGUAAUAUUGAAAAUAUAAUGGCUGAAAAUAAACGUUUAGAAAAGCAGAAAUCCGAGUUAAUAUCAGCAUUUAAAAAACAAAUGAAAUUGAUUGAUAUAUUGCGUAGACAAAAAAUGCUUGUUGAAGCUUCGAAGUGUUUACAUAUCACAGAAGAGGAAUUUAUGAAGGCUCUCGAUUUGUGAAUGUAUAACAGAAGCAGUUUCCUCGUAAUAUAUCAAUUUUCGACUAGAACUAUUUCAUAUCAUCAAUAAUUAUUUACAUUUUAUAUGUUUUUUCAUUUAAUUUUUCACAGUUGUAUUGUUUUUACUUUAGAUUAAAUAUACAUUUGCUAUCAAGAAGAUGUUAUUUAUUAUACUUACCUUAUAUUUUUCGCAUUCAUAUGACAUUAUUUGUGUUGCUCUAGUUGAUGAUAAUUAACAAAACUGUUAAAUCUUUUCUCUUUGGACUAAAUCGUUGUAACUUA